AUGCAGCCCCAGUCGUGGCUUUCGCUCGUUCUCCUCGGCCAGGCCGCCCUGGUCGCCGCCUCUCCCCAGGCAGCCUCCGAGUCCCAGUCGCUGCCUCCCUCGCCCACCGGCUCCGGUGCCUGCGAGCCGCACGGUGACCACUGGCACUGCCACCCUACCUCGACGGGUGCUGCUCAGACGUCUGCUCACGACGACGACCACCCUGAGCCGACGGGCAGCUGCGAGCCUCACGGCGACCACUGGCACUGCCCGUCCGGCGUGCCGAAGCCGACCACGCCCCCGGCGCAGACGUCCGCCCCGGCCAGCAGCAACGCCCAGGUGACGGGCAGCUGUGAGCCGCACGGCGACCACUGGCACUGCCCCUCGGGUGUCCCCAAGCCGACCACGCCUCCUGCCCAGCAGACCACUUCGUCCGGCGACGGCCACCCGGUGCCCACGGGUAGCUGCGAGCCCCACGGCGACCACUGGCACUGCCCAUCCGGUGUGUCCAAGCCGGCCACGCCCCCGGCGCAGAGCACCACGGGCGGCUCGAUCGGCACGUCGAGCGGUGCCACUGGCUCGGCGUCUGCUUCCGCGUCGGUCACGGCUGGUGCUGGCCGACCUGCCGCUUCGCUUGGCGCCGCAACUGCUCUGGUAUCGCUCUUUGGCGCCAUCUUCGUCGGUGCUCUCGUCCUGUAA